CGCGCCCUCUGGGCAGGCUCGGCCCAGCGACCCCUGAAGGGCCGUCUCCCCCAGGACAGGCUUCGUCUCGACGCCCCGCCAGCACUUCGGCAAGCGCGCCGUGGCCUGGGCUCGCCGCACCAUGGAGCGGAUCCCGAGCGCGCAGCCACCUCCAGCCUGCCUGCCCGCAGCGCCAGCCCUGGAGCCUGGAGACCUACCAGGGAUGGAUUUUGCCCACAUGUACCAGGUGUACAAGUCGAGGCGGGGAAUGAAGCGGAGCGACGACAGUAAGGAAACCUACAAACUCCCGCACCGGCUGAUCGAGAAGAAACGACGUGAUCGGAUUAACGAGUGCAUCGCCCAGCUGAAAGAUCUUCUACCUGAGCACCUCAAACUUACAACUCUAGGUCACUUAGAAAAAGCGGUUGUUCUGGAACUUACUUUGAAGCAUGUGAAAGCAUUGACAAACCUAAUUGAUCAGCAGCAACAGAAAAUCCUUGCCCUGCAGAGUGGUCUACAAGCUGGUGAGCUGUCCGGGAGAAGUAUCGAUGCAGGGCAAGAGAUGUUCUGUUCCGGCUUCCAGACGUGUGCUCGGGAGGUGCUGCAGUACCUGGCCAAGCAUGAGAGCACUCGGGACCUGAAGUCUUCCCAGCUAGUCACUCACCUCCACCGUGUGGUCUCUGAGCUACUGCAAGGGGGCACCUCCAGGAAGCCACCAGACCUGGCUCCCCAAACCACAGACUUCAAGGAGAAACCCAGCUCCCUAGCCAAAGGCUCCGAAGGGCCUGGGAAAAACUGCGUUCCAGUCAUCCGGCGGACGUUCCCCCACUCCAGCGGGGAGCAGAGCGGCAGUGACACCGACACAGACAGCGGCUAUGGAGGAGAAUCUGAGAAGGGCGACUUGCGGGGCGAGCAGCCGUACUUCAAAAGUGAUGCUGGAUGCAGGUUUGCCAUGGGAGAGAGGAUCAGCACUAUUAAGCAGGAAUCCGAAGAACCGCCCCCUAAAAAGGGCAGGAUGCAGCUCUCUGAGGAUGAAAACCAUUUCCCUGGCAGUGAUCUGAUGGGCUCCCCCUUCCUGGGCCCACAUCCGCACCAGCCCCCCUUUUGCUUACCCUUCUAUGUAAUCCCUCCGUCAGCAACUGCCUACCUGCCCAUGCUGGAGAAGUGCUGGUACCCCACCUCUGUUCCAGUGUUAUACCCGGGCCUCAACGCCUCCACUGCAGCACUCACCAGCUUCAUGAAUCCGGACAAGAUCUCAGCUCCCUUGCUCAUGCCCCAGAGACUCCCUUCUCCUUUGCCACCUCAUCCAUCCAUAGACUCCUCUGCCCUCCUCCAAGCUCUGAAGCAGAUCCCGCCAUUAAACUUGGAAACCAAAGACUAAA